AUGUCCGAGCAAGUAAAGGUUUCGCCAGCUAGCAGAUCGCUACUCAACGAUAAGUGGGACGUUGUCCUUUCGAAUUUGGUGGUCAAAUCCGGUCUUGGAUUGGGCGCCGGUGUAGUAGCCUCUGUGUUGUUUUUCAAACGUCGUGCAUUUCCCGUGUGGAUUGGCAUCGGUUUUGGGCUUGGUAGGGGCUACGCUGAGGGUGACGCGAUUUUCCGUUCUUCUGCCGGUUUGAGAACUGUGAAAGCGUAG